GUUAAACAGGACGAAGAAGAAGUACUACGCCUCGCGGCGUCUACUUUGCCGGAAAAAAAGAAGAAGAAAACACGGAAACGGUUCAGUGUGUGUCUGUGUGAAUGAAAGGCGCCAGUCUGGAUCCUGUUGAAUUAGUUCCUAAACUUCCUCCUCUGACCACCGGGACCCUUUGGAAAUCGGAGUUUAUUCCAGAUAUUCGCCGGUUUGAUACUCGUGAACUGUAAACUGGUAGCUGUGAACUGUCAUGGCGGUAGGAGGCGGAGCGGCUCAGACUCAUCUGGGCGAUGUUGAAGAGGAUGCUUCUCAGCUGUUAUUUCCUAAAGGUUUCUGCUGUUCAUCUGCUCAAUUACAUUUAUUUACUGUUCUCCAAAGGUUUCACCACAACAUUAACAUUGGCUCCUCGUCUAAAUGUCAGUGCAGCCCUGAUUUCACGUUUUGGUUUUGUGUUCACUCCUUUGUCACUACUCAGAUUAGCCCCUCGAAAGUCUACAUCUGUGGAUGACCCCUGCAGCUGUAAAAAUCAGUGUUUUGAACAUAAUUUCCAUUUUAUCCUCCAUUUAACCACUAUAUUGUUUUCUCAUGUCACAGAACAAGGGCAAACUGUCAGACGAGUGACACCAGGGUUGGAGUUUUUUGCAGCAUCCCUCUGUUUUUUUCCGAAAGGCUCCAGAUUAAAAAAUAAAUUAAUUAAUCCUGACCUGAAGAACUACAAAUAUGUCUGCCACUGUGUUUUGUGGGAGCAGUCACCCUGUACCCUGGAUGUGACUCUGUGUGUGCAUGUGUGUCACAGAGUUUGAGAACGCAGAGACCCUUCUGAAUUCAGAGGUCCACAUGUUGCUGGAGCACAGGAAGCAGCAGAAUGAAAGCGCUGAGGACGAGCAGGAGCUGUCUGAGGUCUUCAUGAAGACCCUGAACUACACGGCCCGCUUCAGCCGCUUCAAGAACCGCGAGACUAUUACCGCCGUGCGCAGGUCUCACCUAUCACCUGUCUUUCUGUUUUAUAAGGUCUGAUCUGGAUCUGAAUUGUCCCCCUGUCUCUAGUCUCCUCCUGCAGAAGAAGCUCCACAAGUUUGAGCUGGCCAGUCUAGCAAACCUGUGUCCUGAAGCUGCAGAGGAAGCCAAAGCCCUGAUCCCCAGGUCAGUUUGACCCACAUUACUCCCAGACCCCGUCACACGUUAAUACUACACUGAAUCUGUCCACAAAUAAACCUGAACAGAGACCAGACCACAGCUGAGAUCUGCAGAGGAGUGUUAAGUUAAACCUUAAAGCCUUUUUCUGUACUUGUGUAGUCUGAGGCGGUAAUUAAGAGUCCCUCGGGGAUCAAAACAGGAACUUGAAGGGCAAACAUUUGAUUGGUUCAGCAGUCUCUGAUCCACAUCAGACUUUAUCCUGCGUCAGUUCUUCUUGCAUGGAAGCAUAUUGGCUGUGUGACGGACUCAGGAGGGACAGACAUGACUGACAUGUCCUCAGAUCAGACUGUCAGCUUAUUUGGCAAGCCUCGGUUAUUUAUACUCAAAAAAUGCUGAACUGAGGGCUGUACUCACUCUGUAUUGGGAAUCUUCAAGUCAGUAGCAUUUAGCGAUUUGAAUUUGUAAUGAAUGUCCUAAGAUUAAUAAUUGAUAGUAAUAUAAAUUAUGACAUUUAUGCACUUGUUAAAAUGGUGGGAAAAUAAAGAAAAACUAAAGUUUAAUUCAGAAAUCAAACAUUAAGUUAAUCUUAAAUGAAUCAAUCUCAUAUCUCAAGCCGAAAUUCUCAUUUCAAAGACUCUACUUCUGGAAGAACACUAACAGACAAGAACUUCGAAAAAUAAUGAUCUGUUUAUUACAGGGUAAAUGAUGGUUCAACAUACAUGCAAUAAAUGAGGAUAAACAAAAGUAGAUGAAUAAAAGAUUCUAAGUCAGCCUAUGAUUACUAGAGUUGAUGAUAAUGAGUGAAUAUGCUCUAACAUAUUAACCUACAUUAACUGUUGAGAGCUCUGGAGGUUUGCAUACCGAAGUGAGGCUGGUCUUUGGAGAGGAUGGAAAGAAAGGAUGGAUUUCAUGUAAUGCUCUGUUUAUUUGUAAAAAGAUGUAACUCUAAUAGUGCUGUAUUUUAGGUGAGGGUGACCUAUGUUAAUUAUUUCAUACAAUUGGGUUACAAUGUAAUUCAGUGCCAUCUCUCCUCAUCUUGGACAGAGAGAGACAGAGAAAGCGUGCCCCUUUUAGAUCAGCUGUGUGAAUCGUGUGUGUUUUUGUGUGUAUUUUUAGUUUGGAGGGUCGGUUUGAAGACGAGGAGCUGCAGCAGAUCCUGGACGACAUCCAGACCAAAAGAAGCUUCCAGUACUGAAUCCGGGACCAGAACCAGGCUCUGUGCAUUUGUUCCUCCUGCCCUGACAUCCACCAGGAACCUGUCCUCCUAUCAGUGUUUUAUAAUUUUUCGUAAAUAUGAACUGAGUGCUCCUGAUCUGGGACUGAGCAUGUGACUUAAUGACAUCACAGUCCUGGAGGUGUUAUGAUUUGAUUGUUUCUUUCUAUUGUUACAAUAAACUUUGUUUUAUGAGACUGUCUUCUGCUGAAUAUUUCACUCACAAACUUCUGACUUGUCUCCUGUGCAGUCCAAAGGCCUCAUGUGUAUAAACACGACUGACAUUGAAGUGUUGUGUGUAGUUUUACGAACACACCAGGAUGUAAGAUAAGAAAAAUCUCUAUUCAUCCCACUGCAGCUACCAUAGUCUCGCAGAGUUAUUGAAUGACUUAAAUAAAGUUUGACUUAUCUGAC